CCAGCCUCCAGGGCGGCGGAGCCGGGAAGUGGGAGAGGGAGCGAAGGAGGCGGAGACUGCCCGAGCCCGCAGCCCGGCCGGGCUCCGAGGAGAGGGGCUGCAUGGAGCGGCCGGCGCGGCUCUGCGGGCUGUGGGCGCUGCUGCUCUGCGCCGGCGGCGGCGGCGGCGGCGGGGGCGCCGCGCCCACCGAAACUCAGCCGCCUGUGACAAAUUUGAGCGUUUCUGUUGAAAACCUCUGCACGGUCAUCUGGACAUGGGACCCUCCUGAGGGAGCCAGCCCGAAUUGCACCUUACGGUAUUUUAGUCAUUUUGACAACAAACAGGAUAAGAAAAUCGCUCCUGAAACCCAUCGUUCAAAAGAAGUGCCCCUGAACGAGAGGAUCUGUCUGCAAGUGGGAUCCCAGUGUAGCACCAAUGAAAGUGACAAUCCUAGCAUUUUGGUGGAAAAAUGCACCCCGCCCCCUGAAGGUGAUCCUGAGUCUGCUGUGACUGAGCUCCAAUGCGUUUGGCACAACCUGAGCUACAUGAAGUGUACUUGGCUCCCUGGAAGGAACACAAGUCCCGACACCAACUAUACUCUCUACUACUGGCACAGCAGCCUGGGAAAAAUUCUUCAAUGUGAAAACAUCUAUAGAGAAGGUCAACACAUUGGUUGUUCCUUUGCUUUGACUAAUUUGAAGGAUUCCAGUUUUGAACAACACAGCGUCCAAAUAGUGGUCAAGGAUAAUGCGGGGAAAAUUAGACCAUCCUUCAAUAUAGUGCCUUUAACUUCUCAUGUGAAACCUGAUCCCCCACAUAUUAAACGGCUCUUCUUCCAAAAUGGUAACUUGUACGUGCAAUGGAAGAAUCCACAGAAUUUUUAUAGCAGAUGCUUAUCUUAUCAAGUAGAAGUCAACAACAGCCAAACAGAGACGCAUGAUAUUUUCUACGUUGAAGAAGCCAAGUGUCAGAAUUCAGAAUUUGAGGGAAACCUGGAGGGUACAAUUUGCUUCAUGGUCCCCGGCAUCCUCCCCGACACUCUGAACACAGUGAGAAUCCGGGUGAGGACAAAUAAGCUGUGCUACGAGGACGACAGGCUGUGGAGCAACUGGAGCCAGGCGAUGAGCAUAGGUGAGAACACCGACCCCACGUUCUAUAUAACCAUGCUGCUCGCCACCCCGGUCAUCGUUGCGGGUGCCAUCAUAGUCCUCCUGCUUUAUCUCAAAAGGCUCAAGAUCAUUAUAUUCCCUCCAAUUCCUGAUCCUGGCAAGAUUUUUAAAGAAAUGUUUGGAGACCAGAAUGAUGACAGCCUGCACUGGAAGAAAUACGACAUCUAUGAGAAGCAAACCAAAGAAGAAACUGACUCUGUUGUGCUGAUAGAAAACCUGAAGAGAGCCUCUCAGUGAUGGGGCUAAUUUAUUUUACCCUUCGACGUGACGAUUCAUCCCACUCUCCGUUUGUUAUCUGGGAACGUGUUAAAAGGAAAGCGAAACUACUGGGCCAUUUAAAAACAGGCAGCUCGUAAGAGCCACGGUCUUCAUGUCAAGUCGUGCACUGAGAAACUAAACACAAGGGGCUCUUUGGCGAAGAGAGCGGAGUCAUUGUCGUUGAAUUAGAAAAGCAGACCUCCCUCGCGAAGGCUUCAAAGUAGGGGGCAAAGCAAACAGCGGUGAUGGCGGUAGAGUUCAUCUUAUCCAGAGUUGUGACGACUUCUGAGGGUUCUGUGCCUGCUUUGUACGCUUUGUGUCCAACCACACCGAUGCAUUUUAUGUGGGGGCGGGGGGAGGAAACUCAUUCUGGAUGCAGGCGCUAAUGCCAGACUUGAGUCACGGCGAGCAUCUAACCAAA